CCGACCUCCAAGCCUCGGUAAUGGUGUCAUUGUCUGUGGUGCGUCUGCAGAACAUGUCACAGUCGUCUACUAGACCCAGCCUCUUUGGAAAUUGUUGAGUGGGUGACGGUAAGAGGAAACUGCUGCAGAGCGGUGGUUGUCAUAUCGUGCACCAUCACAUUUUGCAUAAACAAACUCCAUUGGCCUCAAACCCACCACCAUACAGCGCUGUCACCGACUUCACGAGUGAGUGACGGGGGCCAUUCAACAUGGGUGAAGCAGCGGGGUGCAAUGCCUCGCAUCCUCUCCAUGUCAUAAUCAUCGGCGCGGGCCUUGCGGGCCUGGCCACCGCCCUCUCUACCAAGCUCGCAAACCCCUCCCAUCGCGUCACGAUCCUCGAAGCCGUCAAAGAACUUCAAGAAGUCGGUGCAGGCCUCCAGCUCACACCCAACGCAACCCGCCUUCUUCAAGCCUGGGGCCUGGGCCCGACCCUUUCCCCCCUCGCGACCCGUCCUUCGACCCUCUCCGUCCACCGUUACGACGGCACCCGCCUUCUCGCCCACGAAUCACGCCUCCAAGAAACCAUCCAAUCCCGCUACGGCCAUCCUUUUUGGGGGCUCCACCGCGUCGAGCUUCAGCGCGCCCUGGUCGAUCGAUGCACCGCCCUCGGCGUUGAGAUUCACCUCUCUGCGCGCGUCCGCUCCGUAGACUUUGCCCGCGCCGUCGUGACCAUCGCCCAGGAAGACAGCGAUGGCGCCUCCGGAACCCACUCCGUGGAUAUCGGCGGCGACGUCGUCGUCUGCGCCGACGGCAUGUGGUCCGCCACCCGCGCCCAGUUCCUCGGUCGACCCUCACCUCCGGUACUGACGGGCGACUUGGCCUUCCGCAUCGCGAUCCCGAUCGACUCCCUCAGAGGCCCCCACAAGGCUGAGCUUGAAGCCUUUAUCAAGUCGGAGACAGUUCACUUCUGGAUCGGUCCGCAGUCCCACGGCGUGUCUUACACCGUGAAACAGGGCCGCAUGCUCAACCUGGGCCUCCUGUCCCCGGACAACCUCCCCGAGGGCUCGACAAAAGUCCUCGGGGAUGUCGAGGAGAUGCGUUCCCUCUUCUCCGGCUGGGACCCCCUCCUCCGAAAGCUCCUGGACCAGGUCGAGAGCGUUCACAAGUGGAAACUCUGCUGGAUCGAGCCUCUCUCCCAGUGGGCCAGCGACGACGGGUCCUUCUUCAUGGCUGGGGACUGCUGUCACCCGAUGCUCCCCUAUCUCGCACAGGGCGCAAACUCCUCCCUGGAGGACGGUGCCGUGCUGGGCUAUCUCCUGGGAAAGGUUGGCGGGCACGGGACAAAAGCCGCGCAGCUCCCCGCCGCAGCGGCCAUGUACCAGCGCCUCCGCAUGGCUCGCGGGCAGCGCAUCGUUAUGGAGUCGUUCCGGCAGCGCGACGACUUCCACAUGCCUGAUGGCCCAGAGCAGGAGCGCCGCGACGAGGUCAUGGCGGCAUCACUGGGACCAGGGGCGGAACCACAGCCCGGGUUUCCUUCGCGGUGGACGUGUCCUGAGAUCCAGAGGUUCCUGUAUUCGUACGAUGCGUACGCAGAGGCGGAGGAGUCUUAUAAUCAGGAUCCAUACUAGGCUGUUCAAGAAUGUUUUGCUUGAGCCGCCUUCGCCCACGGCGUCUAUAUCCACGUCCCUGUCCUAGCUGGCCUGCGUGCCCGCACGCAGCGACGUGGUCCAAUGUCCAUUCCGCAUUCAGGCACUUCGAUGCUAUACUCUUCAUAUCUUAUGCGCCGUCGUCUGUCGUUAAAAUCACCAUUCCCAUCCGCCCUCUA